AUGUAUCGUCUUGAACGAUGGGUGCCUCAAGGCCAACGCCUACUCGAUAGACUCACCACUCGGGGCGUCUUCAUGUAUCACAUUUUCCUCUUUCGUGAGGACGUAGAGCUGGGGUCAUCCGCCGAUCAUGUCCGGGGGUCAAGGCACGUCCAUGGUAGUUGGUAUCAGCGGCUCCUCGGCGCCGCGGCCGAAGAGAACGGCGGCGUGAAGCCGGUCCCGGUUGAGAAGCGGGCGAACACGCAGUACAACAACCCGUUCACUGUCCACGGGGCUGUUCUGUGUAUUCCCGCGGAGAUGCUCGCGACGCCGGUGUUUGAGAUGGGCCACAGAGAUGCGUUCCUGAACAUCCUGUUCUUCUCUUCGUUACGCUCGAUCCCGCCGGCUUCUCAUGGAGUGUGGACGCCAAAGUCGGGCUUGAGGCAGCUUAUUGAGGCUCGGUACCCUUGGGGCUUUGCGCUAGUCGCAUCUAUAGUCAGUGGGCAAACCAUCACGGCCAUCAGUUCCGCCAACGUCAACAUCACGGUAGGGAUCGUCGUCAAUGUCGUGCUCAGCUUCGUCGUGUCGCUGCUGGGAUACAUGGUACUUCACAUUUGGGAGCGGUACCAACUGAUUCCGAACCUGGCAGCCAUCUGCGGUAAGUAUUUUCAGAAGUCAUCUAUGCCGUCCCUGGCCAUGUCUUAG